AUGGACGCGCAGACGUCGAGCGAGAUCCUCUUCGUCCUGAGCAUCGCCGUGCUCUUCCUCUGCCUCAGCGGCCUCGCCAAGUACUGCAAUGGAAUGAGCGCCGUUGACGGCCACUACCCGCUCCACCAGCCCAUCUUGAGCAACUUUAUGCCGGGGCUCAAACGCGGCGAUGUCGAAGACUUGCUCUUGGACGUGGACCGGUGGGAGUGCCCGGUCUGCGCCUUCCUCAACGUCGUCGACCGCCCCGUGUGCUGCCUCUGCGCUGCCAAAAAAGACUCGCGCUUUCUCGAGCCGUCGACCGAAAUCGAGCACUUCAACAAGAGCUACCGCGCCGAGCUGGCUCGGCAGUCGAGCCAGACCCGGCUCUCCAAGCAGCGGAGCAACCCGUCGCUGCUCUUCCGCCAGGCGAGCAAGAACCGCAUGCUCACGCCGAGCGGCAACCCGCGCCUCUCGGGCUUCUUUGGUACCAAGACGAUGGUGCUGCCCGAAGACUUGACGGCCCGCCAGCGCUCGGCCCGCAUGCGCAAGGAGUGGUCGCGCCACGUCGAUAUCCACGGCCAGCCGUACUGGCGGCGGCGGUGCCUUGACAUCAACCACGUGCCGCCGGCCUUUCUCAUCCACAUUGACGCCGACGACGCCAAUGACGACGGCGC